AUGAACCACCCAUCACGCUUAAUCCCCGACAGCGGAGCCCAGUACGAGAAGUUCCUCUUUACCGCCUGGCCGGGAGUCCACAGCAUGUGGACGGGCGACAACAAGGAGUGGGAGGUCGACCGCUGCCAGAAGGUCAUUGGAGAGAUGGAGACCGUGAUGAAGUUCCGGCUGCCCCGCUCCAGCAAGGGAUACGCUUGGCCAUAUGAUGCCUCGUUGUUCAAGACGGGCACAAAGUGGGGAAUCCCAGAGAUCUACGCCCAGGGUACGGCGUGGGUGAAGCAAGCCCACAGCAUGUGCGGCGAGCCCAUUGGAACCACUCCCGAUGCCAACCUCAACCCAUACACCAUGUACCUCCUGGCCGCCAUCUGGGCAAUUAUCGGACAGGGGCCGCUGCCACCUCACAGGCCUGAUCCUCUCCAGCGAAGUGAACUCACCUUCAACUUUCGCAACCCCAAUUACACCAUGGCCACAGGUUUCACCUCCCCCACGCCCCGUUACGCUCGCCCAUUCCAGUUCCCUGGAGACAACUUUGCGGCGGGCUCCGACUUCCACACCGUCUUCAACCCCCUCCCGUACAGCAACAACCGUGGACUCGUGCCCAAGGGUCCCUUCCGUGACCCUCUCGAGAGGCAGAAUGAGAUCUUUGAGGCGUACUCGCAAAAGCGCCACAUGGCCAAAAUGACGAUGUGA